UAUGAAAUAAGAUUAAAAUUAACAAUAGCCUGUAGCUAAGAAGAAAUCAGUUCCAUUCACCAAAAAGCUUAAAAGAGCAAAGAGACAUUUCAUUAAAUUUUUAAAAAGUCCAAGCACAAUUUAGAGCUUCUAUUUUUGCAUCUAAGUAAUAAUUUAUUAUAUUGGAAUUGCAUCGUUAUUGCUUCUAGUAUAUUACCUCUUUUACUAAAGGUAUUUAUUUAUCAAUCUAUAUAGUUAUAUCUAUUUCAUAAUAGUAUUAUCAAUAUUAUCUCUUUUUUAUGUGUCUUACUAAGGAGUGAAUAUCAUUCAUUACAAAACAAUAGUUGAAAUUCAAAAUUUUAAUGAUACAGAGUCUAGUUCAUAGAAAGACCAAUAAAAUGAAUCAAAAGGAUGCAAAUAUUAUUGUAAAAUACUUGGAAUAACUACGGCUUCACUCUUACUGUUAGAUAUACCAAUAUUGAAAUUUUAAAUCAAUAAAUAAGUUCAAUAAAUUGAUAAUUAAUUGGAAUAAGAAGAUGAACAAUAUACAUAUAAUAUAAAGCAAGCAAACAAAGCUAAAUAAAAAGCUUAAGAUAAAUAACCAUAAAUUGAUGACAAAUAAUUAACUGCUGAAUAUGCUGUUAAAAUUACUACUUUAAGAACUUAAAAAAAAUAAAGAUUGUGGUUAAUUCCCUAUAAAUUUGGAUUUUCUGCUAUAUUUGGGUAUAUACCUGCAACUUUUGUAUUCGCUGUAUGGUUAAUUGGAAAUCAAUAACAAAUUGAUGUUUUUGGUAAACUCUAAAAUGCAAUUCUCACUACAAGUUAUGGAUGCUUAUUGUUUGCAAGCAUUAUCUGUCUUUAUGAAAUUUAAUUUUUUGAUAAAACAGCUUCUACACUUAAAGAGUAAAUUUAAUUAUAAUAAUAUUUUUAGUGCUUUUAAGUGGUUUUUAUGCAGAUAUGUAGAAUUAUUAUGUAAAUCUUUAUUAAUUGGUUAUUAUAUCAAAUUUAGUUUAUUUGAAACUAUGCCACUUUUAAUUAUUGGAUUAGGAUACUUAAGUUACAGUAUUUUAUGCACAUUUAUAUUUACUUUAUUCGAUUAUUAAAAAAGUGAAGAGCAAAUAUAAUCAUAACAAUAAUCAGUUGAAAGAUAAGACAAAGAAAAAUAAGAUGUUAAAAUAUAAGAAAAUUAAGAACAACCUAUUGAGAAAGGAGUAUGUUAUGUUAUUAAAUGUUAUCUAAAAUCAUUAUUACUUAAUAUCUAUGCAAGAAUAUUAUUUUUACCUUAUAAAGAAAGUGCUUUAGGAAUGAAAACACUUUCUUUCUUUUAAAUAACAUAUGGAAUAGACAAAAAAAUGAUUCGAGAAGAAGUAGCUAGUGAUGGUUGGAAAAAUUGGAUGAUCACUUAUGAUCAAUCUAAAAAGUUUGGGUUACCAAGAAGAUCUUAUACACAUAUAGUAUAAUCUUUAAGAUUUUUUGAAUUGUUCCACUUAGCUUUAUUUUCAAUUUGUUAAAACAUUAUCUAAGGGUAAUAUCUUGAAAUUGUGGAACCUAAGAAAAUGUCAUUAUAUUAUUCUGGCAAAAUAGUAACUGUUGCUAGUAUUGUUAUCUUAUUGUUGUUUUAUGUUAGAGCUGGAUAUAGAACCAUUCAUGAAAAAUAAUUAGAUAUAACAGGAAUUGAUGAAUGAUA